CCUCUUUGAAAACCCUUCUCUCUCUCUCUCCCAAAAAUUAAUUUAAUUUCCAAAUUCAAAAAAGCAAUUUUUAGAAGUUUCAUUUCAAUUUUCAAAAACUUAAUAAAAAUCCCUAUUACUACGGGGAAACAGCGUUACACCUCUUCCCAUUUAUUACUCUUUCUCUUUUUUCCAACUCCUCUGUUCCUCCUCUGUUUUCUCCUCCAAUGAAGAAAAUACCCACAAUCAAAUCAAAACCCACAUCAUCAUGAUGCUUCUUCAUCAUCAAAACCCAUCUUCUUUUCUCAGGAAGAUUUUGGUAUUGAUUGUUGUUUUUGUAGCAGAGGUGGUUUUGAUAGUAGAUGGACUUGGUUCAGCAUCAACCAUAGCUAUAACAUAUGGGUCUAACACAGUUUGUGGGAUAUUAGCAGGAAAAACAAACCAGAGAAUUGAAUGUUUUACUCCUAAUAAUAACAAUGGGUCUUCUAAUACAACAAUAUCAAUACAACCUAACAUAUCUUAUGAUUCAAUCUCUGGUGGUAAAGAUUUUUUCUGUGGAUUAAGAUCUGGGGGUUUUAGUUUCCUUUGUUGGACUACUACUUCUGUAAACUCAUCAUCAUCUUCUUCUCCGAGACCUAAACGAAUCUAUUACAGUGUUAAUGUCACUUUAAAAGAUAUAGCAGUAGGUGAGAAUCAUGUCUGUGGGAUUCAAAAUACUACUGGUGUUGUUCGUUGUUGGUGGAGACAAAAUGGGGUUCCAAAGUUGAGAUAUUUAUCUCCUGAUAAUGGGAAUUUUUCAUUAAUUACUUCUGGUAAUGGGUUUUCUUGUGGAGUUUUGAUGAAUUCUAACAAAGUCAAGUGCUGGGGGAUUGAUGAUAUGAAAGCUAAUGAAAUUGAAAAGGAAUUUGGGAAUGUUUCAAUGGUGAGUUUAAUGGCAGGUUCUUCACAUGUCUGUGGGGUGGAUUCUAAUGGUGUUUUGAUUUGUAAAGGAAAUAAUGAUUCUGGGCAAUUGAAUUUUCCCUGGAGAAAACAAGAAGAGCCGUUUGAGUAUUCGGGUUUAGGACUGGGGUUGAAUCAUACUUGUGUUAUUAGAAGAUUGAACGGUUCUGUAAUUUGUUGGGGUGGAAAUGGAAUGUAUUCAAGUGAUCAGAUUGCAGGGGUGUCAUUUGAAUCCAUUGUUGCAGGACUGGAUUUUACUUGCGGGUUAACGACGAGGAAUUUAUCGAUGAUUUGUUGGGGUCCGGGGUGGAUUUCGUCGAAUAGUAGUACUAGUUUGAUGGAUCUUCCAUUGCCGAAGAUUGUACCAGGUUCGUGCACUGUAACUCCAUGUGGACAAUGUGGUAUCUAUCCUGACUCUGACAAUCUUUGUUCUAGUUCUGGUAAUAAUAUAUGUAAGCAAUGUGAUUAUUAUCGAGUUGUAGACAACAACCCGGUUGCGCCUCCGCCGUUUAUACCGCCACCGCCGUCGAAUUCCAUAGUUAAAAACAAGGUGUUAUUAGCUUUUGCAAUUGUUGGAUCGGUUGGAAUCGUGUGCGGUGUUUUGACUCUGAUUUAUUGCUUGUGGACUGGUGUUUGUUGCUGUAAUCGGAAAAAGAUUCAUAAUUCAGUUCAACCCACUAUCAACAGAGCUAGUUCUAACAGAGGCAGUGGUCAUUUCAGUCCAACAUUUUCGAUAUCAUCGAGACGUCAUAAUAGUUUUCGAGCAAUGAGGCGGACAAGGAGUGGCCCUUCGUCGAAACAUGCUGACAGAGCUGAACAGUUUUCUCUUGCAGAGCUUGCUGCUGCAACUAAUGGUUUUUCUGCAGAGAACAAAAUCGGGUCUGGAAGUUUCGGGACAGUUUACAAAGGUAAGCUUAGAGACGGGCGUGAAGUCGCGAUUAAAAGAGGGGAAACCGGUACAAAAACGAAGAAAUUUCAAGAGAAAGAAAGUGCAUUCGAUUCGGAACUAGAAUCCUUGUCACGGCUGCAUCAUAAGCAUUUGGUUAGUCUUGUAGGUUUCUGCGAAGAAAAUGAGGAGAGGCUUCUGGUAUACGAGUACAUGAAAAACGGUGCACUCUAUGAUCACAUACAUUCCAAAGACAAUGUGGAGAAAACCAGUAGUAUUUUGAAUACAUGGAAAAUGCGGAUUAAAGUUGCAUUAGAUGCAGCAAGAGGGAUUGAAUAUCUGCAUAACUACGCAGUCCCGCCUAUAAUUCACAGGGAUAUUAAAUCGUCUAACAUCUUGUUAGACUCGAACUGGGUAGCUAGAGUAUCAGAUUUUGGGUUAUCUCUGCUUGGUCCAGAAUCAGAAGGCGAAUACAUGUCAGCAAAAGCUGCUGGAACAGUUGGGUAUAUGGAUCCUGAGUAUUACGGAUUGAACGUUUUAACUGCAAAGAGUGAUGUUUAUGGUCUCGGAGUAGUGAUGCUGGAGUUGUUAACAGGAAAGCAAGCUAUAUUCAGAGAUGAUGAUUUAGACGGUGAAGGGCCGAUGAGUGUCGUGGACUACGCAGUGCCUAAGAUUAUGGCUGGAGAGCUGGAAAGAAUUUUGGAUGUGCGCGUAGGACUGCCAGACGUGAACAUGGCAGAAGCGGUCGAGCUGGUGGCUUAUACGGCCGUACAUUGCGUGAACUUGGAAGGAAAAGAGAGACCAAGUAUGAAUGACAUUGUUGCUAAUCUUGAGAGGGCAUUAUCGCUAUGUGAUGGCAGCCAUGGGAGCAUCUCUAGUGCUUCAUUAGCAUCAGAGUGAUCUAAAGAAAACAAAUGAGUGGAAAUUCUUAGAAUUUUUCGGCUUCAAUUUUUUGUUAAGUUUUAUUAUACUUUUUCAGUUUUAUAAUCAGUGUAAAGGGUGAGGGAUCUGAGGUUUAUUUUGUUUGAGGUCUUAUACUAACACAUGAUGCAUUGUUGGCUAAUUGUGGCACAUGGAUCAGUAACAGGGGAAUUGGUUUAUUGGUUGAGAAAAAACAAAAUAGAAUUCUUGUUUGGUUUCGA